GUCAGAUUGAUAAACAUUUGAACAGUAUGCUGCUUUGAGUAAUUUAAUAUAAUUGAUAUUUAACAAAACAAAACCUAUCAAAUAUGCCUUUUAUGAAAGGUCCAGCUCCGAUCAGGAGAACUUUAAAGUAUUUAGAAAGUGGUAAACUCAUAUUAAAAGACAGGGUUCAAGUAUUUUCUAUAAACUAUAAUAACUUUGGAAAACACCAUGAAGGUGCCAGAGACUUUAUUUUUUGGCACUUACCACAACUGCAAUAUAAAAAUCCGAAUGUGCAAGUAAUCACUUUCAGGAACAUGACACCAACCCCUUUUAUUCGAUGUUACUAUGAUAAUGGUGAAGACUUAUUAAUAGAUAUUGACAGUCAAAAGAAAGAAGAUAUUCUCCGCCACCUAAUUAGUGUUGUUGGAAAAUCAAAGAAGGUGCUACAAACAGAAAUGAGAAUUUUACAGAAGAUUGAUAAUCCUGCCAACUUUGGGUAUGGCUGCAGUAGGCACUGCUUCUGUGAAAUCCCUGGUCAAGUUCCUUGCCCAUCGGUUGUACCCCUACCCAAGCAUAUGAGGGGCAAAUACAUUUAUUCCAAGGAUACCUAGAUAAUUUAAUAUUUUUAUUAUUAGCCAAAAUGUUCGCUACAUUAAAUGUAUAUCUAUUUCUGUAUACCUCUUAAUAAAGAACUUCUUUUAAGUUA